AUGGACAGCACUCUGUUGAAAUACAGCGCAAAGGACUAUUUCUUUAAGGCUGCUCUCUGUCACUUCUGUGUGGACAUGCUGAAUGCUAAGCUUGCUGUCCAGAAGUAUGAGGAAAUGUUUCCAGCCUUUUCAGAUUCACGUGAAUGCAAAUUGGUGAAGAAACUUUUAGAUGCCUUUGAGGAACAGAACGUGGAUGCCUAUACUGAUGCUGUAAAGGAGUAUGAUACCAUCUCACGACUGGAUCAGUGGCUCACCACCAUGCUGCUUCGUAUCAAGAAAGCCUUACAAGAUGAUGAAAGUGACCUUUCGCUAAGAUCCUCUUCCUCACCUGUGCCCCCUUUGCCACUUGGCUAUCGCCAUCUCGCUCCCUUUUACAACCAACUCAGCUCUCAGUGCCUUAACGUCCUUGCUUUACCUCUCUCUUUCUAUGACACGGCCGUACCGCCAAACCUCAGAGAACACUAA